AAGUCGAAAGUCUGGAGCUCCGGUCAUUGACGUCCAAAUCGUGACUGUCGCAGAGGCAAGGACAGGUUUUCGGAUUAGAAUUGACACUCGAUUUAUACUCUGCUACAAUUUCCGUCGACUCAAAACCAGUCGCGGCUUCAACUAAAUGGCAUUUUAGUCAAAAGACUGACGAAAUCUAAAUUUAAAUUGGAUGUCAAAACUGGCGCCGCGUAAAUUUGCCUUCCGCCUCAUCUUAAUUCGACAGCUAUACAUUGAAAUACGCAUUAUUUUAAAACACGUAUGCAGACGCGUUGAUUCAAAUCGACGGUCCAUGAACUGAGCGCUGUCUCUCGACUGACGUCAUCGCACAGGCUGUGAAAAGUGUCAGUCGGUCCGAUGACAUUUCGACCCGCAAAUAAUAUGACUGAUCGUUCUUUGCUAAGUUUUAGGAAACAAAGGCCAUACGAUCAAAAAAACAAAUGAAAAUCCACCCGUUGUCGUGGAGCAAAGCCAGGCGUCGGGUGGCUUCAGCUUUUACUCGGAAAGGACCAAAGCGGAAGUCAGCGUUGGCCGUUGCUGCCAUUCAAAAUGUACCCCGUCACGUUGCCUCCAGCCCCGAAAGCGUUUCUCGACCAACCAUCGUUGUUGCCCAAUCGACCAAAACAAAACAUGAGAGACGCUACCGCGGCCGGAAGGCGGCUCGCUCGCGGUUCCGUCCGGUUCGAGAUCAGAUGGACUCUUGGUCGUCGGCAAGGCGGAAGACGCAGCUCGACUGACGCCCGAGCCCAGAUGCUACACGGCUAACCGCGAGCUCUGUAGCCGAGGACGCUCGCCACCGGCCGCUUAAAAACACGCGCGUACGCACUCGGCGAGCAAACCGCAAGCCACUCGAGCUCGCCGCGGGACAAGCGCUCCGGAUCGCAAACCCAAUUUGCUCGAGACCAACGCGACCGGAAGCGGAUUUGACUCGGCUCGACUUGUUGGGAUCGCCUCCACUCCGCUUCCGGUGCGUUCAACAGGAAGUUCGCCCAAGAAGCUUGUUUGUUUGAGCCUCGGAAGGCGGACCAACCGCGAUGGAACCCUGACUCGAACCCCUGACCGCAGUUAAAGCCCCGAGCCCCGCCCAUGGACGUGAAGAUGCCACAGCGAGGCGCCCACAACUGAAGCCGCCCUUUUUCGGCCACAAGUUGUCAUGGCGAGCCGCAGGAAGUCCAGCACUCCGUGUAUGCUUCCGCCGCCGCCGUCGGGCGGGGACGCGGGGGAUGCGGACCGGGGCGUCGCCGAGCCGUCUUCGAGAAGCGACGACGCGCUCGCGAUGCGCAACCUGCGGCAUGAACCCAGCCAGGGCAAGUUGACGCACGCGGGGGCGGGACACGGUGACCAGACGGGCGACCGGCGGACCCUCGACGACCCGGCCCCGGAGGGCCGCCCGCUCGAGACAAGGGACGCCGCGCGGCGCGAGGACGGAGAGCCUCCAAAGAUGGAGGACGGCGGCAGGGGGCACGACGACGCGUGCUGUCAAGGGAUCGCCCUCAGCAAGACGCCCAUCAUGAGAAGCCGGGCGGAACCCAAGAAGUUCACUGCCUCGCGCAGAACGUUUGCAGAAGACGUCAUCAAGGUGGAGAGCGAAGACGAGAUGGACGAGGACAACGCUGCCCUCGCCUUCUCGGCCGCCGCCGCCGCCCCUCCGCAGCUCCCCGUACCUGCGCCGCUGCAAGUCUUGACGGGGCUGCCGCAGAGUUUGGUGCUCAACUGCCCCGACGCGCUGAACGUCAAAGGCGGUGGGGGCGGCGCCCUGUCGGCCGGGACCUUGGCCCAGGUCCUGUCUGCGUUGCAGAAGCAGAAUCAGAGCCAGCUCCUCAUCCCCGUCAGCAGCAUCCCGGCCUACCACGCCGCCAUGGACAACAACGUCCUCCUGCUGGGGGCAUACAACAGGUUUCCUUACCCGUCGCCAUCGGAGAUUGCGGCACUGGCGUCGCAGACCAAGUUCAGCGAGGAGAACGUCAAAGUGUGGUUCUCCGCCCAGCGGCUGAAACACGGCGUCAGCUGGACUCCCGAAGAGGUGGAGGAGGAACGCAAGAAGACGGCCAACGGCGCCGUCCAGACUCUCCAUCCGAGCGUCCCCCACGCCAUCGCCGUCAUCCCCGCCGGCGUGGGCGCCAACGGCCUGCGGUCCAUCUUCCAGACGUGUCAGAUCGUGGGCCCGCCGGGCCUGGUCCUGGCGCAGGUGGGGGGCCGGGCGGACGUCAGUCUUCCCGCGGCGGCCCCAGUCGCGCUCACCGUCGCCGGUGUCCCCGCGCCCCGAUCCAAAGCCCCGGAAGCUGCGGCCGAAUCCCCCGCGGAGAGGGCGUCUUCGUCCGCCGCGUCGGACUCCGCCUCCAAAACCAAAAAGUCCAAAGAGCAGCUGGCCGAGCUGAAGGCCAGCUACGGCCGGCGCCGGUUCGCCACGGACGUGGAGAUUUCCCGCCUCAUGCAGGUCACCGGGUUGUCCAAGCGCGCCAUCAAGAAAUGGUUCAGCGACACGCGCUACAACCAGAGGAACUCCAGAGACCUGCACCACGGUAGCGGCGCGGUCGGCGUCCGGGCCGACGAUAAAGACGGCGCCGCCCCCGCCGUCGUCGUCGACUCCAGCGACGACACGGGCGACUUGUGGCCGAGCGCCGCCUCCGGCAACCGGGGCUCGCCCCGCGUCCCCAGGGAGCGUCGUGUCAAAUUGCGUCACGCCUUCCCGGACUUCACACCUCAGAAGUUUAAGGAGAAGACGUCCGGGCAGCUCUUCAUCCUGGAGUCCAGCUUCCGCAAAUGCGACACGCCCUCCGACGACGAGCUGAUGCGCCUGCGGACGCAGACCAAGUUGACGCGGCGCGAAGUGGACGCGUGGUUCAGCGACAGGCGUAAAGGGGUCGUCCCCAAGGGGGGAGGCGGCGAGGAGGCCGCGUCCCCGCCGCCCGCGGGACGCAGGGUCCUGAAGAAAACUCCGGCGCAGCUCGAGAUCCUGAAGAAAGCCUUUGUGCGCUCGCGUUGGCCCACGGCCCAGGAGUACGACGAGAUGGCGCGGGACUGCGGCCUGCCUCGUAACUACGUGGUCAACUGGUUCGGGGACACGCGCUACGCCGCCAAGAACAGCAACCUCAAGUGGUUUGAUCUCUACCACAGCGGCAAGGUGGACGAGACCUCGCCGGACGGAGCCGCCGGGAUGCCCAAGAAGUCCAGGAAGCGUUUUCGGGGUUGGUCGAGGAGGACGCGGCGGGCGUACGUCGGAAAACAGGACGUGCGGGCGCCUGGCAAGGCCAAGAACGGCAAGGCGUUCCUCAGGGCCUACUUCCUCCAGCGGCGGGUUCUGAGCGAGGACCACCUGGGCGACUUGGCGGCCAAGUCGGACAUGAGCGAGCAGCAAAUCAGGGAGUGGUUCUCUGAGGUGGGACGCCGGGCGGCCGAGGGGAGGGAGCCCUUCGGUGACCUCGACCAGGAAGCGGAAGAGCAAGAGCAGCUCGCGGAAGAGCGAGCGGCCGCCCGAGGAGGCGGGGAGGAAGCCGAAGAGGAGGGUCAAGGGCGCCCGGAGAACGACGUGAUCCACCGAGCGUCUCCUGGCAGGAACCGAUCCGGGUGCCCGACGUGAGCCGACUCUGCUCGACUCUUGAGCAAAAAAAAAAAAAUAAAGAGCUUCCGCAUCCCGAGACGAUGGGACGCCUCGGGGUGAUGCACAAGUAUCAAGACUCGACGGCUCCCCCAAGUGGCACCCCGAAGGCUCACGCAAGACUAUUCGUGGGCGACGCCGACAUUGGACUUUCAACAACUCGACCAUGGCUGCAAAUCGGGAUUCCCACUGCGCCGCCGCCGCGGCAACGACAUUGCACGUGACCGCCAACGGACACGGCAACAGCGGACGGUCCUUGGAAACGUGAUUGUCCCGAUCAUUUCUUUUAACCUUGAGAAGUCACCGCUUCAUUUGACUUUCUCAUCAUUGCAUGUACACGAAGGUCAAGUAUUACAUGUUGACCCCCCCCCAACCCACUCACCCCCCACGGGUGCUGGUUUUGAAGAGUAAAAAAAAGUCAAAUUCUCGACAUUUCCCGUUCUGAAAAUAUUUGUGGCGCCAUCUACUUUUCAGCCAUAUGGCCCCCAGCCCAAGUGUCCGCUUCUUACCCGUGUGGCGCUUUUCCUCCGUCCGAGGUGCAGACCCGACGACGUUCCUGCGUCCGCGAAAAACCUGAGAUUAAAAAAAAAAAAAAAAUCAGGAACGUCAGGUUAAAAGAUGAUUUCCAGGAUCGGAAGGCUGGCGGCCACGAUCCAGCAGAGAAAAAAAACAAAAACAACACUCGCGCCAAAAAGCCUGCCAGCUUUAUUUUUUUCCUUCCACUUCCCGUUUACUAAAGCCUUUCUCAGCACA